AUGACCCAUGUCGUCUUAGGCUCCAAGGCUGGAAUCCGGCUCAGUGGCUUGGUAGCAGAUACUGCCUGGCAGGGUGCCCCCUUCUCCCCACAAAGCAGGACGCAUCCCACCCACAGAUUCCUGAUGCCAUCAGCCUGUGCUCCUGAGGCGAGGGCCCCUGGGCUGCCCGUCCACUCCCUUUUUGUAAGAGAACUGGUCUCUUGUCCUGGGGCCUUCCUCUGGCUGGGACAUUCAGCCAGCCUUAGAACUGACAAAGUACGUGAUCCGUCAGUAAACCAAGAGCUUCCCAAGUCCACGGAAGGGCGGCUCGUUGUCGUCUCUGGAUUCAGGGUUUGGCGCUUGCGCGGUGACGCCCCAGCAGGCCCCGCCCACGGCCCCGCCCCACGCCUGCCCACGGCAGAGGCCGCAGAGCGCCUGCUCAUGGAGCCCCGGGGCCCGGCUCGGGCCGCGCUGCUGGGGCCGCUGUUGCUGCUGCUGCUGCCGCUGCUCCUGCCUCAGUCCGGGCCGGCCGUGUCCGCCCAGAGCGCGGCCACUACUUGCUCCCAGAGCAGCAACCAGUCCUGCACCGAGUGCCUGAAGAACGUCUCGUGCUUUUGGUGCUACACUAACAAUGCCUGCCUGGACUAUCCCGUCAGGAAAAUCCUGCCGCCCAGCUCCCUGUGUCCACUGAGUUCUGCCCGCUGGGGCGUGUGCUGGGUGAAUUUUGAAGCCCUGAUCAUUGCCAUGUCAGUGGUGGGAGGCGCCCUCAUCCUGGGCAUCACCAUCUGUUGCUGCUGCUGCUGUAGGAAAAAGAGGAACCACAGGUCAGACAAGGAGGAAGAGCGUGCUGCUAGAGAGAGAGAGGAGAGGAAAGUACGGCAAGAGGAAAGGAGAGCAGAGAUGAAGUCCAGACAUGAAGAAAUCAGAAAAAAAUACGGGCUGUUUAAAGAACAGAACCCUUACGCUAGAUUCGAGAACUAGCCCUCUGUGGAGCUCCCUGCUGGCCGCAGGCGGCCGAACCUCCUCCAAGGGAACGUGGCUGCUCAGAGGAAUCCUGCUUCCAUUUCACAUGGUCAGAAAUCACAUCCACAUCUUCCCUUAAUCCGAUGCUUUCAGUAAAGAGCCUUAUGUUCAAAUGAGACCCUCUCUAAUCCCUGAUGAAUUAUUCUGGCAAGAGAAGCCCUUCUCCUGGGCCUGAUGGAGGCGUCUUGGCUCCCAGUCAGUGUUCCUGAGGACCAAGACUGGAAGCCGUCCUCCCCCUUGUCCUCUGGGCUCAGCUGCAUGCAGGAGGGGUGAGGCUGGGGGUCACCGCUGCUCUCAGCUGGCCUGCCUUGCCCCUCCCAAGUCAUCCUCUGUCCUGUGCCUUGAGUAUUGUUUUUUUAUUUCAAACAGAGGCCUUGGUUCUGGCUGAAGUAUGUAGUCACCCUUUCCAUUUCAUCCUUCAUGACCAGACACCCAUUGAAAUGUGCACCGUGAUUGAGAGUGCUCUGGGAAAUUGUCUCAUGUGCAUCCCCAGAAACCACAGCCUGCGGGCUUGGGGUUAUUUACUUUUCUGAAGUACGGUGGAAAGAUGGCUUUGGAAAAGUCAACCAGAAUUACAGAAGAUUUUUAAGUAUCCUGGAUAUUUUUUUUCUUUUGUUUUUAAGAAAUUCAGUUAAAUUUCCCCGGCUUUGAGAACAGCAACUGCUCCCUUGGAGUCCCAGUGACAAAAGCCAGUGCCUUCUCCAGAGGCGUGAGGUCUGCUCCUGCCUGGGGAGUGGAGCUGACCUGGGGUCUCUGGGAAGGGGCAGAUAAGCAGGGGUUCCCAAGGCCGCCCACUCAUCACGUUCUGAGUGGCUGCUCACAUCUCUCUGAGGGGUGGAGUGGAAUGUGGCCCACAUCUGGGGAGGAGCGCCGGCCUUGCUCCUUUCCGUGCUGAGCAGGGUGGCAGCCCGUCGAGGCCAGACUGGGCAUGGGAAGGUCAGAGCAGAGCAUCCCGUUCUGUGGAGAAGGUAGAGGAGGCGCCCCCCAAAGCUAGCAUUUAGUGUGACCCAAAGCCAUUCUUAGUCUUCAGCAAGUUGGAAAGUUACCUUUGCACUCUUUUUAAAAACACUUUUUAAUGAUGUAUGUAAUGGCCUUACUGUGAAUUAACCUUUCUACACUGAAAAUCUUGGCUGUCAAGAAGCUCUUUGGCGUGAAUCUUCUCUAAAUUACCCGGGCCACCAAGGAAGGAGCUCAAGUAGGGGUGGGGAAGGGGCUUCCAGAGAAGCCUGUGAUUAGCUGACUGCCUAGCACCAUGUUAGUGUGGGCAGGCAGGGCAUGGCAAGAAGAACUGACCUUGGACGGCCUAGCAAGUAUCACUGUGAUUACUGGCAUGCAUUUAACCCUUUCUUACCUAGAGGAGCCCAGAUUUUUAAAGUGUGUCUGCUAUAUUUCUAUUCUGUUUCUGUACCAAGACCAGCCUGUAGCCACAGGCUAAUAUCCUCACCCUUGUGAGUGCCUUAAAUUUUGAGAAUUUCAAAUAAAAGGAUUUAUUAUAA